GAGAGGGACCGCCCGGCCAUCCGACCGACGCCAGACCUCAGCGGCCAGAGCUCCCUGGCAGGUGCGCCAUCGGCUCCAGGUUUUCGCUGCCCUUCUGCGCUUCCGCAGCCGCCGCUGCCUGUGCGAGCCAUGAAGUUGGAAAGUGCAGCCGACUCGCAGCUGGAGUUCGCCAUCGCCACAGAAAGAGAUUUUGAGGAGAUCCUCGCCAUCUCCAAGGGGAUCUACGGAGGCCUCGACUACCUCCCAAGCCGCUAUCAUGCCUGGAUCCAUGAGCCGAAUCGCACCGUUGUGCUGGUCAAGAAGAACGGCGUGGUGAUAGGCCUCCAGUCUGUCUACAUCAUUGAUGCGGGGGAGACUGCCCUGGUGGAGGGGCUGCGCGUGGCACCCUGGGAGCGUGGCAAAGGCGUGGCCGGGGUCUUGCAGCGGUUCUGCUCUGCCAUGGUGAAGGAGAAGCAUCCAGAAGUCAAAGUGUCCCGCCUGACCCGGGACGACAAGCUGGGCCCCAAAGACUUGAGGAAGUAUCGCAUCAUUGCAAAACAGGGGAUCCUCCUGGUGCGCUUCCAGGCCCCGGAGGUGCUCUCUCGCUUGGACGCUGCGGUGCUGGCCCAGGGGGGCUUCAGCCCUGAGCCUUCGGAGCUGCUCCUGGAGAAGGAGGUGCCGGAGGUCGUGCUGAAGGAGGCUUUCCGGAGCGAAGUCCUGCCGAACCAGACCAUCAUCCAGGACUGGCAGCCCUUCAAGGCCACCCAGAGCAACCUGGGGCUCCUGCAGAAGAAGAGCCUCCGCUGGGUGGUCGACCGGAAGGCCCACCCGACCGUGGCCACCCUGAGCACCCAGCCCUUCUCCAUCCCUCUGGGCAAGGACUGGCACUACCUGAACAUCGACGCCUUUGGCCGCAACCCGGCCCACCUGAAGAGCCAGCUGGUCCACCACCUGCGCCUCCAGGUGCCCACCCUGCGGGGCGGCGUCAUGUGCCAGCUGUUCCUGGAGCCCCAGCUGUGGCUGGAGAUGGCCGCCUUCUGCCAGGAGGCCCUGGGCCUGGAGCUGGCGAAGGACUACACGGAGCAGUACCUGCUGGAGGCCGACAUCUGAAGGGCAGAGGGCCCGCUCCCUUCCCGAGCCCGCUUUGUCCACCGUGGGCCUCCCCUGCCUUUCCGACAAGCCCAAUCCGUCCUCUCAGGUGGGCCCCACAGGCCAUCCGGGCAGAGGAGAGGCAGCCCCGGCAGACUCCCCCCGCCACCCCCGUUGGCUACAGCCACAGCCCUUCCCUAGGGAGCAGCCCGUGGGAAGGGGAGGACGGGUGGCCUCUUCAGAGGGCUGGGCCCCAAAUUGUGUCCUGGGCACUAAAGCCCCAUCGGCCUAGAAGAUGCUCUCCCUCCCUCCCUCCCUCCCUCCCCUCCCUCUGCUCCGUACUGUGGAGAGUCUUCCCCCCUGGCAGCUCUUACCCAUAUUUAUUACAUUUAUACCCCACCUCUGCCCCACAGGAGCCUUGGCAUCUUGACAGGCAUCCAGACACAGUGAAGAUAUCAGUCCAGUUAAAACAACACCCGAGUGCACCUCUGUCCUCCACACUCCAGGAGGGGCAGCAGCCAGAGUUCCCCAUCCAGUGGGAGGCCAUUCUGCAGGGGCAGCAUGGAAAAGCAGUGACCCCACCACACACACACACACACACACACACACACACACACAUACACGCCCUGGUCCUCCAAGUGGGGAGGAGCGUUGCCCUCCCAGUGAGGUUGAAAGGAAGGGCUGAUUCUAGGGGACAAAGGGGCUGGGCCCUUGGAGGUGCCCCUGGGAGCCAAGGCCCUGGGCAUAAUGGGCUCCCGUCAGUCAGAGCUAGAUAAUCGGUAGCCCUUUGCAUGUGGGGCCAGCUGAGGUUCCUUUCCCGCUCUUAACAGUAGACCCGUCAACGGUGUUGGGAGCCAAGAGUCCCUAUGGCCAACCCUGUGGCCCCACGCAGCCCCCAGCUUGGCAUUGGCCAAGCUUUCCACCUAUGGUUCGCAGGAGGAGGACCGCUCGGCCGUAGGUCCUCCGCCAAGAGCUGCUCCCGGGGCCCCACAGGCAGCUCCUGCUUGCUCCAGUCCUCUCCCAUCCAGGCCCUGGAAUGGGCCCCACCAGUGCAGCCUGAUACCCUCAGCCCACUGAUAGCGUUGGACCCCAAGUUACCCUAGAACUCCCUCACCCAGUGACCAUACAGAGGUCAAGCAGGUUUUAGGUUACCCUCCUCCGGCCACCCUGAGGGAGGAGCCCCCAACCCUGACCCACGUCCCCAGGGAUGCCACAUGGGCAGCCCUGGAUGCCAUCCGAGAGGAGUCAGACGGGAGCGCUCUUCCCAGUCCCCAGAUUCCCAGAAGGGAUCUUACCCAGCAGAUUACAGGCAAAGCUGUUUUCAUCCCAGAUCCGGAGAAGGUUCCAGACCCUUCGCUUCAUCUGGAGACGUUGGUUUGCCACCAACUCAAGGACGUAGCAAGGAGGAGCAGCCAAGUGCUCAGCCCCACUGGAUGCAGGGGGAUGGAGGAGCUCCCCCAGGGACUCCUUCGGGGCCACCAAAAUGGCCCUUCCAUCCGCCAGGAGACCCGGAGGGAAGGAAGCCACAAGGGCCCCAGCUGCAGGCGGGGGGGGGGGGCCUCCGAGAGAGCGCCCCACCCCUUCCUGAGAGGGAGCCCGCCAGAAGAAUAAAUCCCUGAUGGUCGGCAAGUGGAGGGGAGCCGUGGGGGGAUGUGGGGGGUGGUGCUGGCCCCGCAUUGUGCCACAGUGCCAGCAAGGAGCCCUUGCAGUAGGAUUAGCCCCCCCCCCCCCUAAGCAAGACUGCUGGAGUGGAGAGCAGCCCACAGGGGGCCACGGACGAGGAGGAAAAGCGCUUGGCUUCUUGGGCUGCGACCGUCCACCCCCCUCUUGCCCUUCUCCGUGGGUGGCCUCUGCAGAGACCCAGGAGCUGCCCAGGGUUGGCCAGGGGCCCGUUCAGGAUCACUUGGGCCAAGGGGCUGAGGUGCUGCUUGUGGCCACUGGGGGAUGAGGCCCUUGGUGGUCUUCCCUGCCGGGUGGUUGAAAAACUCCCAAGUGCCCCCCCCUCCCAGAAGCCACAAGGAGCACCUGGGGCUCACCACCCAGACGGUGGCAGGAUGCAGAGGUGGGUGGCCUCAGGGGAUAGUGUGGGCAUGAGGAAGGGGCGAUGGGCCUUCUCCGGGCCACGGUUGCUCCAGGUGAAAGGGCCGAUGGGCCUCAGGGCUGAGAGACUACCCGAAGGAAGCCAUCCACUCCUGGACUCUAGGAGACCCAGACCAGCCUGUCCCCAAAACCAAAGGCCGAAAACCUCAACUGCCAGUUUCCCCCCUAAGUGCAGGGGCUAGGAAGGCAGCCAGGGGGCACCACGGCCCACUCUAACACAACGUCUCACACUCACAGCCCCCAUCCCUUUGGCCUGGGUUACACAAAAUGCCCAGGUACACCCACCCUCCCUCCCUCUA